UAUUCAGUUGUCUGACAGUCUGAGAACCCUCGUUAGUCAAUAGAUAGUCACUCGAUUGCAAUUAACCGCUAGACGUUCUAAGAUGUACCGCGUAUUAUAUUUGUUUAUCAAUAUUUUCUUCYUGUGCGAGGCCAAAUACUUUCUUGUGUUUGGUGGCAAYGGUUUGUUAGGUGCUGAGUUGGUGUCAYUGCUUCGUCUAAGGCCAGGGAACGAGAUCGCCGUAGUAAAUCGAGGAAACUGGUACUGGGAUAGCAAGUUUCGCAUAAAACCAUUCGUGAGACAUAUUAAGUGUGAUAGAUAUACCAUCAAGGAAUGCAAGCCACUGUUACAACUCAUCCACGAAAAGAAAUUCUUUGACAUGGUGUAUGACUUCAGUUCAUACAGGACGGAUCAUAUACAGGCUGUGGUUGAGCUACUGCGCAAUCGUGUUGGUCGAUWCGUUUACAUCAGUUCAGACUCAGUAUACGAAGUGUGCAAACCCUCAUCCCAUGGGGGUCCUAGUAGGGAGGAAGAUGCAAUCCGAUAUGAAGACUACACCGAACUCUACAAGCAGCCAAACUUUGACUUCUAUGGUGACUCGAAACUUGGUUGUGAAGAGGUCCUUGAGAAAGAACAUGACAACCAUGGAYUGACAUAUGUCAGUCUACGACUGCCUGACGUCAUCGGWCCRCGUGACAACUCCGAUCGAUUCUGGAUCUACUUCCUGUGGGUCAAGUUCCAGGAUGUUCUUGAUCGUCCACUUUAYUUCCCACCUCGAUUACAUAACAAACAACUAAGUAUGGUACACUCUGAGGACGUCGCAAUGUUGAUGCUGAGUUUGAUUGAUGCCAAAAAUGACGUUUUCAACCAGCCAUACAACCUGGCCUUCAGGGAGACAGCUACGUUGAAAGAAUUUCUAGCCAUAUUAGGAAAACACGUGGGAAAUACUAAACUGGUGUUUGACGAGAGUACAGUGAACGGAGCUGUKUAUUUUCCAUCGGUGAAGCGCGGCGCAGUGAAUACAACUAAGGCGCAGAGAAUGCUACAGUGGAAUCCAGUAUCGUUCACCGARGGAAUAAAGAAGACCGCUGAUUUCUAUAAUUAUGCCAUGAYGGCUAGUGAAUUCCGACAGCAAAGAGAYGGYACCGUCGAGGCAUUUGUGCGCCRCCCACAGAUGGAACAAUUUAAGAAGAAGUAUAASGAAAUUUAUGGAACRGAGUUCAGCCUGAAAUAUAAGUUGCCGGUCCAUAGUGACUUAUAAGAAGUCUUAACGGACUAGCAGGACCAUCAUUUUGAAAUCAGUUGAGAUUGAUAUACACUUUGAAGUCCGAGUCAAAAAGGCAGUUUUUCAUACGAAAAUUCCACCUUUGUGCAAUUCUAUAAGCGAAUUUUGACAUGGAAGUAAGGCUGUUUAGACUCUCUCCAUCUUUUGCAGAAGAACAAAUACUCCCUGAUUUUAAAGUCAUAAGAUUUUGCAUCAUCUGCUAGUGCACUUUCUACUGCUGUUUCUGGUGCUGCUAAUGAAGCACGAAGCUUUACAUACACGGUUUACGCAAUGCAUUGUAGGAUACAUGAGUGGGACAAAGUAUGGUGGAUUUUCUUGUUUUCUUCUACAAAUCAUUGCAAAUAAAGUAGUGASGUAAAAGCUUCA